UGGUGGUACGCAGAAGCCGAACAUAUUCGGUUGAGUUCGGUACCAUUAUUGUAAAUGUUUCUCGUCCAUCGUACCCGUUUUUAACACUGAGUAUAACUUAUAGCUUGAAUUCAUUCGAUACGAGCUAUCAUUUCGCCUGUUGCAUCGAAACCAAAAGUCACAUCGACGGAUGAAGGUGGACUCUGAACACCUGAGAAUAUAGAAAACAUCCGACAUGGGCAACAAUCGCCUGUUUAGUUUGCUACUCAUUUUGGCUAUCGCCUACCAAGCAAAUCUGGUCUCUUGCCGCAUCUACCAAACCAUCGACGCCAUCAUCGUUGAAGCCGAUGAAGUUCCGGAUCGUGUAGUGCGAUCGGCCGUCUACGACAAUGAAGAAACAGAUUUGGUGGCCGAGUACCCUCCGUCCGACCAGCUCGCUCUGCCCAGCAACACUUGGCUGGAAGGACGAUCCUGUUGGACCAUAGAUGGCACCUUGGGUACAUGUGGCUCCAUCCAGGAUUGCUACCCAAACAUUAGAUUGCACGGAUCGAGUGUGGCUGAGAAGUGGAUCAUAGACGCGCGAGGCAGUUGCACUUUCGCCAAAUCCAAUGGCAAACAGUUUUAUGGGCUGUGUUGCGCAAGACAAACCGCAACGACUAAUACGACGGUGGCGAUUUCGGAGAUCCCAGUUGUAGACGUUGAUCCGAUCACCGGUUUGCCCGUCGGAACGUUUCCCUGGUGGGAGUAUUUCCCUUUCAAUCCGUUGACGACGACCACACCGAGACCUACGACGACGACCCCGCCAACUACAACGUCAACCCCAGCGCCUUACUCCGAUAUUUCAUUGCUUUGCGGCACGGACGGUAUUCCGACUGUUCCGAUCGAUCCACUUACCGGCCAACCGGACCCUACUUUCCCUUGGUGGUUGUGCUUUCCUUUUUGGCAAAAAACGACGACGACUUCAACGACGACGACAACCACCACAACAACAACAACUCAACCUACAACAACAACUACGACUCCAACUACAACAACAACUCCCACCACAACCACAACUCCUACCACUACUACAACGCCCACUACAACAACAACUCCUACCACAACAACAACGCCCACUACAACAACAACUACUGAACCCCCUACUACAACUACCGAACCUACCACCACUACUACUGAACCGACUACAACUACCACUGAACCGACUACAACUACCGCCGAACCAACCACGACUACCACUGAACCGACUACAACUGCCACCGAACCAACCACGACUGCCACUGAACCAACCACAACUGCCACCGAACCGCCUACAACUACAACAGAACCUCCUGUCACUGAGCCGCCUACAACAACCGUUGUACCCACAACGACAGAAGCUCUCACUACCACUAGCGAACCCACUACCACGGUAGCCAUGACCACACAGGCUGAACUCACUACCACCACCACUGAACCUCCUACCACCACAAUGGAACCUACCACUACAACAACGGAGACCAUCACUACAACUACCAUGGCUGCCACCACUGCUAUGCCUACAAUUACAACAGCCAUUCCAACAACGACUAGUAGCGAACCCCCAUCAACCACGACCACAAGCCCAACUACGACUACUGAACGUACCACGACAACAGCUAAACCGGUAUCGAUAAACGUAGAGGGUUGCGGCGUUGGACCUUACAGAUUGGGGCCGUAUGACGAGCAAGACCGCAUCAUCGGCGGAACGGAUGCUAUCAAGAAUUCGUGGCCAUUUGCUGUGGCUAUUUUCAAUAAUGGGAAGCAGUUCUGCGGUGGCUCUCUCAUCGAUCCACUUCACAUUUUAACAGCGGCCCAUUGUGUGGCUCAUUUGUCUUCGUGGGACAUUCCUCGAUUGGAAGUUAUGCUGGGAAUGCACGUCUUGAAGCCCAGCAUUGAUCCCCAGGCGUUGAGGAGGAAAGUCAAACGAGUGACCCGCCACAAAGGAUUCGAUUCAAAGACGUUGUAUAAUGACAUCGCAAUCAUCACGCUGAUCUCGCCUGUGACGUACGGACCGACCAUCUCGCCCAUCUGUCUGCCCACCACGACUUUCUCUACGACGUACGCCGGAAAGGAAGCCGUUGUUGUCGGAUGGGGUUCACUCAAGGAAGGUGGCACCCAACCAAACGUUUUGCAGCAAGUGACCGUACGGAUCAAGUCGAACGCCCAAUGCAAAAAGGAUUAUGGAACAGAUGCACCGGGAGGCAUCGCUAAUCACAUGCUCUGUGCUGGAACAGCUGGCAAAGACGCAUGCAGUGGGGAUAGCGGAGGUCCUCUAGUCAUCCAGGCGGCUCGUGGCGCUCCCUGGGUCCAGGCCGGCAUCGUUAGCUGGGGAAUUGGGUGUGGCCAAGCCCAAUAUCCAGGAGUUUACACGCGGACGGCUUCUUUCAUGAACUGGAUCAGAACGAAUGCGCAGUUUGGAGAUGAGGAAGUGAAACGUGCCUCUAUUAUACAGCCCUGGAGCAAACUCUUCUGAAUCCACAUCAGCAUUUUCCAUCCAUUUUUAACAGCCCCAUUAAUUUAUUUCUCUUAACUGGCAAAAUAAUCAUACUAGCUAUUCUGAUUCUCGGUACAGCACAAUCAAUCUUUUUGCAAUCACGUUAACGGGUAUAAAAUACAUCUCGUUUAUGGACUAAGAA